UUAACUUUGAAUUUUUGUUAUUUUUUUUUAGUCAUAUAAGAAUAUGAAAUCGACAAGUGAAACUUUUCUAAGCUGUUUGUAAAAGUUAGAUUUAAUUUCUGGCAGAAAUUUAUUAUUAAUAAUUUAUGUUUGUGCAACACAUCUACACCCUUCAAUAGUAAAUACUAGAAUGUGAACAUGGCUCAAAAAUCUCUGAAGAAUAAUAGUCAAAUGACCAGACUACAACAUUUUGAAGAACCAUUAGAUUAUACAUUUAUGUGUCUAACUACAAUCGGUGAUUGUUUAGAAGAAGAAUCUCGGAAUCACAAUUUUAAAAAGAUGAAACCAUCUGCAGGUUCAAAAGGUCAUGAAAUAAUAAAAAAGAGAACAAAUGCUAUACGUCUGAGUAAUAAUGUCCUUAUUGACUGGAAAGAUUUUUUAAAUACAGUUAGUAAACUAGUCGAAUCUUUGCAUCAUAUUGAAUGGAUAGACUUAUCUUUUAAUGAUAUUUCUAAUAUUGAUAAGUGUGUACUGGAGUUCCGAAACUUAAAAAUUUUGUAUCUGCAUGGAAAUAAUAUUGAGAAAAUUUCUGAAGUAGACAAGCUUUCAUCAUUAGAGCAUUUAAGAAGCUUAACACUUCACGGGAACCCAAUUGAAGAUUGUAAUCCCAGUUAUCGACAUUAUGUCUUAUUUCGCUUGCCGAAUUUAAAAUGCUUUGAUUUUAGUGGUGUGACGGAAUCUGAUCUGGCAAAUUCUAGAGUUUAUUGUCGCUCAAAAAAGAAAGGAAAAGAAACGUAGUUUUUGCUUUAAAGUUUUUUUUUAAAUAAAAUAUUAUUUUUUAUAUAAAAUAUUUUGUAUUAUCAAUUUUGGAGAAUAUAUUUUUUGCUUGCAUU